AUGGGGCCGCGGCACCUGCUGCUGCCGCUGCUCCUGCUCUCCCUGCAGCUCCUGGCCCUGCUGCUGCCCGCCCAGGCGGCCGGGCCCCCCCGCGCCAAGGGCAACCGGACGCAGGGGGCGGCGGCCCCGCGCCGGACCCCUAAACCGCUGAAGGAGCUGCUGAACCAGACGCUGGCGGGGCCGGGGGCUGCAGCCCCCACGGCGCUGGCCGGGCGCGGGAAGGGCGGGGGGGGGGGCGGCAGGACGCCCCCCGGAGGCGGGGGCUCGGCCCCGGCACACGAGACCUGCUGGGGGUACUACGACGUGAGCGGGCAGUGGGACAAGGAGUUCGAGUGUAACAACAGCCUGACGGGCUUUCGCUACUGCUGCGGCACCUGCUUCUACCGCUUCUGCUGCAACAAGCGCGCCGAGAAGCUCAACCAGAGCCUGUGCCGCAACUACAAGAGCCCCGAGUGGGCUCACCCCACCACGGCCAGCGGGGCUCUGCCCGCCGACGGCAGCGACGGGGCCGACGGGGACGCCAACAAGUACGACCCGGACAAGGACAGCACCAACGCCACCGUCUACAUCUCGUGCGGGGCCAUCGCCUUCGUGCUCAUCGCCGGCGUCUUCGCCAAGGUGGCCUACGACAAAGCCCGGCGCCCGCCCCGGGAGAUGAACAUACACAGGGCUCUGGCUGACAUCUUAAGGCAGCAGGGACCAAUCCCAAUAGCACACUGUGAAAGAGAGACUAUCUCGGCCAUAGAUACCUCCCCCAAAGAAAACACCCCAGUCAGGACAGCUUCCAAAAACCAUUACACCCCAGUGCGCACCGCCAAGAGCAACCCAGGACCCUAUGGAAAGGAUAUCUAUCGAAGUGGAGGGCCAGAUCUCCAUAAUUUCAUCUCCUCUGGCUUUGUCACAUUAGGAAGAGGACACACGAAGGAUGACCAAGAACAAAAUUAUAAUCACCUGAUACUAAACAGUGCCACCCAGACACCUACACAUGACAAGCCACGAAUGAACAACAUCCUUACUUCUGCCACUGAACCCUAUGACCUGUCCUUCUCCCGGUCCUUCCAGAACCUCUCUCACCUCCCGCCGUCCUACGAGUCUGCUGUCAAGACCAACUCAAGUAAAUAUUCUUCUCUGAAGAGACUAACCGACAAAGAGGCUGAUGAGUACUACAUGAGGAGGAGACACCUGCCCGACCUGGCAGCCCGGGGCACGCUCCCUAUCAACGUCAUCAAAAUGUCUCAACAGACCAACCACAGGGACAGGCCCCGCCGUCCCAUCAGGGCCAUGUCCCAGGACAGGGUGCUGUCUCCCGAGAGGAUCAUGCCCGAGGAGUUUAGCAUGUCCUAUGAACGGAUCCUCUCGGAUGAGCAGCUCCUGUCCGCAGAGCGUCUCCACUCCCAAGACCCGCUGCUCUCCCCGGAGCGCUCGGCUUACCCCGAGCAGUCCAUGUCCCGGGCCUUGUCGCACACAGACGUCUUUGUAUCCACGCCCGUCUUGGAUCGCUACCGGAUGACAAAAAUGCACUCCCAUCCCAGUGCCUCAAAUAACUUGUACAACACCUUGGGGAUGAACCCCACCUCGGCCAAGCGCCAAGCGUUCGCCUCCCGACGGCACAACACGGUGGAACAGCUGCAUUACAUCCCAGGGCACCACCACCACUACCGCACGGCCAGCAAAACAGAGGUGACUGUUUGAUGUGACCUCCUGCAUUGUAGAUACUCCUUCAGGACUGGGGUGGCCACAGCACCCCCCCCUUCCCCCCCAUUCUGCAGUGGCCUUAUAGGCCAAGGUAACCUCUAAUAACUCAGUGUCUGAAAAGACUUCUCUGACGGUCCCGUGGUGUUUUGAGAGCCGCCCCUUCGGUGGUGGCAGCAGAAGAACCUGAGCAAGCAAAGAGGAGAUAGUGAGGGGUAACAGAGGAAAUUUCCCUGACGUGCAUCAGUUUCUGUCAAAGAAAGCCAUAGUAGUAGAUGGCUCCUUCCAAGGGCUCACCUGCAUUAUCUCAUUGUUUUUCUGGAUUUAGGACUUCUCAGUUGCUACAAGCAGAAGCAACCUGCAGCCCAAGUCUCCUGCAGCCCAAGGCAGGGAGGAGGAAUUCCCACCAUCCUGGUGGGAAGGGGCCCUGUUCUCAGUCCUCAUGCCAGUCCUCGUGUUUGGCCUUUCUGUAGCAAGUAGGCAAACUUCUGGCUGCUGGCCACCACCUCCAGACCACAUGGUAUCAGCCAGCACCCAAACAUCUGUUCUUCCUCACCCUUGGAGUGAAUUCAAGAGCAGACUUCCUUAGGGGACUGGCAGAUCUAGGGACAGGAAUAGCCUGGCUGAGAAAUCAACUUUUAGUUUAUAUUCAAUAGACUCGUAAGAUAAAAAUAUACUAGUGCCUACAAAUCGCCUGCUCUCUCAGUGUAGGAAGUAGUGGGGUUGAUGUGUUCAAUAAGCACAAAUAUGCUGAAAUGCUUGUUAGACCCUUUUCUCCACUCAUUCUAGUAUCUUGGCAUCUCCAACAUGUAAAUAAGAAGGAGGAAGAGGGUUUCUCUUCCUCCAGCUUCUUGCCACGGCUGAACCUAAAGCACCAGAGCUCCUCCAGCUUCACGCUGCUGACCUGAGCUGGGGCAAGUCCUGACUCCACCAGGAACCCUCAGGACAAGGCUCCCACACCUUUCACCUGGCCUCUCCAGAAGUUUAUUUUCCUUAUGGCAUUUUCCACUGGCCCAGUUCCCCUGCUUCUGAGCAUACUCUCUCCUCUCAGUUGCAACCUAGGUCUCCAUAUGUAGCAGAUCCUUUUCUGGCCCUUAGCAGAAGCACAAAGCUGAGGGUGUCUCUCUACCAAAAAAAAAAGCAGGUCAGGAAUUUUCCAUCAUUCUCUCUCCACCUGAUGGCCCCCCUAAGAAAACCUUCCAAAUUCCAGUUCCACUGAGUGCCAAACCUAACCAUGAAGACAGUUACAUUUCAUGCAUAUAAAUUAUAUAUCCAGCAGAGUUAUAAUAAAUGGGCAUGUUAUAUAUCUGAUAUAAUGCUGAUUAGAUACUGUAUAUUUGUAAAAUCUAUAAAACGUAGACUUGUGGGUCCAGAAUUUGUGAGGGGUUUAUAUUUGGUUUUCUAGCCAGAUUGGGCUUUGCAUUUAUUUAUUUAUUUAUUUAUUUGUGUUCAUUUGGGUUUGUUUUGUUGGGUUGGUUUGUUUGGUUUAGGGGGGUAUUUUUGUAUGGUGGGGUUUUUUUGUUUGUUUGUUGUGGGUUUGUUGGUUGAUUGGUUUUCCUUUCCUUUUUAUUUGUGUUCCUGUCAUAGUUUUGUGGCCAGGAAAGGGUCUCAGAGGUUCUGAAAAGACAGGCAGACUCAGUGCUCUACCAGUUAGUGCUGGACACUCUCCAGCACUGGAGGUCCCACCACAUGCACACCUCCAUGCUGCCAGCCCAAGGAUGGGCAUGCUCCCUCCUCUGGGUGAGGUGGCCACUGACUUCAGAAUGCAAACUUCUUCACAGAAUCCCAGGCUGGUUUGGGUUGGGUUGGAAAGGACCUUAAAGACCAUCCAGCUUCAACCCCCCUGCAUGGGCAGGGACACCUCCCACCAGCCCAGGUUGCUCCAAGCCCCAUCCAACCUGCCCUUCAGCACUUCCAGGGAUGGGGCAGCCACAGUUUCCCUGGGCAACCUGGGCCAGGCUCUCACCACCCUCACAGCACAGAAUUUCUUCCUAAUUUUUUUCACUCUAUUCCCAUACUGCUCCUCUCUCUUCAUGUCCUACAUCCCCACACUGAGCCUUUUCCUACAUGGCUCUUCAGUAAACUUCGUGUAAACUAGCUCUGCCCUCCUCCCUCCCCUCAAAUACCUCCCACCUCCUUGGCCUUAAUGAUGUUCCCAGCUCAGCACUGCAGUCCUGUAGCACUCAAGGAUUGUAGGUUGUUGUGAGCUUGAGUCUUGUGUGGAGGCUUUUGAUGCAGCACUGGGUUUUUCUGGUGCAGGGCAGGCAGGAGCAGCAUGUUGUCUUUCCCCAGUGAGAUUUAGAGUGGGGUGGCCAUGUGGCCUUACUCUUUCCCAGACUAUCCUGGUGCUGCUGGUCCUAGUUCAUGAGCUUUCUUCUGCUCAGCCUGAAGGAGACUGUGUUCAGAAAGGACCCCAUCUGUGAGAAGUGCUGGGGCUUUGUUUGACAGAAACUGAGCUGGGAAGGAAUAAAUUAGAGUCUCCGUGGUUCAGAAGGUCAUCACCAUGCAGCCUUGGGCAAAAUCAUUCUGGACAACAACCAGAAUUGUCUGUGGAUCAGGGUUGUAGUUCAUGGCAUGGGAAGGACAAGAGAGAAAAGGCUCACACCUCAUCUCCUGACCCCUUCACUUGAUGGACACUUCUCCUCCCUGACUACCUCCAGGCUCCUCGGUUCAGUCACUGGAUAUUUCUUCACAGAAGGCAAAUCCCUGUCAAAUUAUUGCCCUUGCUGACCUUCCCACAGACUGACGUUUGUGACUUGUGCAGAGAAGAGAAAUGCACGUGGCUGAUGGGGAGGCAGUCCCUGCUGAGGUUCUGCGGCCCCUUCAUUCUGUCUUGACCCAAGAAAAGCCAGGAUCUCCCCCUCUGCAAGCAGGGAGAUGUGAACACUGUGGGAGAGGAGAGUCCCCCUUAGAGUCUCCAGGAGUUGAGGUGGCAGAGCUGGAGGAGCAGAGGUGACCAUGUGAGGCCACGGGUAGGUGAACACUCCUCUCUUCCCAUUUCCAUAGCUCUUUGUCUCAAGCUCUAGUCUUCAUCUAAGUGUUCCAUUUUUUAAUCAGCUGGACUAGAUGCAAAUAUGGAAAUGUUUCACUCCAGUAGCCCACGCAGAUGCUGUGCCAUGCUCCAGGCCACUUGACCUCAGAGCCUUUUCUUCUUCUAACAAAUACCACAGGCCCUCUGCUAACUUGUCCUACCCAGGCAAAAAUCCUCCAAAGAAAUCUUAGCCCCCAUUUCCUCAUCUUUUCCACCCACUCAACUGUUUCAAGCAGAUGUGCUUGAACCAGCAAGAACCACAAAAGAACCAUCAAAAGCCUUCCUAGGCCAAAUCUUCUUCAGGGACUCUGCCACCACCAGAGAAUACUGUCAUCAGGUUUCUUUGGGAAGGCACCAUGCCCUGGAUGACCACAGUGUGUUCCUGGGCACCAGCUGUUCCCAUGGCUUGCCUUGUGUGCUGCAACAGGUCAGCAGCUAGAGCAGUGACACUUCAGCACACACAGGUCUUCUUGGGUUAUUUUAUCCCUUAUUCUUCAUUCUGAGAGUUUGUCACCAAACAGACACUUGGCCCAGGACUUGGUGUCAUGAUCCACAGUCUGGUCCUCAGCACUUAGGUUCCCCGUGGUCACCAUGAGAUGAUGAUGGUGGCACUUUCCUGUUCCACAGAGGAUUUAUGAAGGUUCAUCCCAGGAUGUCUACAAAGUUCUUCGAGACCCUCUCCCAGCAGACAACAGCAAAGCAGUUUUAUUCCCCUAGUUUGUCACCAUUGUCCUGCCCCACCACAUCUGACGUGUCACAAUGAGGUGUGUGUCCAGAAUGAGAGGGCUGGGCUGGGGACGUCCAGAUCCCCAGAUUUCCCACUGCUCUUCUUCUGGCCAGGGUCCCCAGCAGGCAGCAGCUCUGAGGGAUGCUGCUACCUGCUCUUGGACCUUCCUGCUUCCUUCUCCUCACAUCUGAGUCCCCGUAACAUCCUGCACUCAGGAGAAGAGCAGGAAGCAGUCACCUUCCUCUGUACAGUAACAUAAAACCUGCCUUGAUGAAUCCAAUAUACUCCGAAGAAUUUAUCUGCCUUUUUUCUACAACCCACAGGUGGAAACACGUGUGUGGAGCAUCCAGUUCCCAAAGUCCAUGUGCAGGGACUGGGGGAGGGGGAUGUAGAAAAGAUUCUAGUAUUUUCCUACAAAUUGAGAAUGACUUGCAUUCCCCAAAAAGCAGCAGAUCCGAGUGAGCUGCUCUGGGUUUGAUAUCCCUCCCAUGAAUACAGACAGAUGUAGGUACACGUAGAUGCUCACAAACACAUGUAUAUACAUACCUACUGUAAAAUGCAAUCAUCAAGUUCUGACUGACCCUGAACCAGUCUAAGCUUCCAAACUCUAUUGAACCACUUGGAAAUAUGGAAAACCAUUUUUCAUCAGCCACAGGGAUCGCCCCGUGGAACAGAAAUUUGGCCAUAAAAGUCCUUCUCAUGCCAGUGAAUCGUGUUUGAAGGAAAAUGAAAUCUUUUUUAAAUGUUUUAAUGUUCCUUUUAUAAAUGAUCUGUUACUUGGGGAU